CAAUCUAAAUCAAUGUAGGUAUGCACAUGGCCGAGGCUGCAAUUGCACUGAAACUUACAAAAUCAAGAAAUUAUUAGUAAGACUCUCUGUGAAUCAACUCGAUCAAGCCACACAAUCUCAGAGCACGAUAUGGGGACGGUUCAUGCGGUGGAGGCGAAUCCUCAGAAAGCUGGGGCGUCUGUUGGGUAUAUUCCUGCCCCAAGCAUGGUGCAACCCCCGGUCGCCGGUCAACCCCCACCGGCUCAACAAGAACCCCCGCCACAGAAAGAAGAUGACGGUCCAGGGACGUUCGAAGAUCUUCAUAAAGCAUGUAAAGAUAUGUUCCCCACCCCAUUUGAUGGUGCCAAAAUAAUGAUAAAUAAGGGACUAAGUAACCAUUUUCAAGUAAGCCAUACUUUUACUAUGAGCAAUGUGAGCCCAGCUGGUUAUAGGUUUGGAUGCACCUAUGUGGGAACUAACCAACCCUCUCCCACAGAGGCCUAUCCAGUACUUCUAGGAGAGCUUAGUCCAAGUGGAGAUAUGAAUGCUAACAUAAUUCACCAAGUUACCCAAAAUUUAAGAACAAAAUUUGUAGCACAGAUUCAAGGAGGCAAAUGGGUUGCCACUCAGUUCCAGAAUGAUUAUAAAGGAAAAGACUACACGGCCUCCUUUGCAGCCAUGAAUCCAAAUUUUCUAAAUGAUUCUGGUAUAUAUGUAGGGCAGUAUCUUCAGAAUGUCACAAAAAGCUUAGCACUCGGAGCAGAAGUAUUUUAUCAAAGAGACAAACAACUGCCUGGUCACCAAAUAGCAGUCCUUACAUUAGCUGGGAAAUAUACAGGUACUAACUGUCAGGCAGGGUGCAACCUGACCCCAGGGGCUGGCGGUCUACACCUCAGCUAUCACCACAAACUGGACAAACAGGUCCAGAUGGGGGUUGAGUUGGAGACCAGUUUAAGAAUGAGGGAAAGUGUCGCCACGUUUGGGUACCAAGUAGAUUCUGAAGAUGGUAGUACGACUUUUAAAGCUCAAGCAGACACAAAUUGGUGUGUAGGAGCAACAUUGGAAAAGAAAUUACUACCUAUGCCCUUCUCACUUAUACUUAGUGGAUUUGCUAACCACCCAAAGUCUUCCUACAGGUUUGGUAUAGGAUUUAUGGUUGGAUAGCCUUUCUUGGACACAGUGCCCUCUAUUGUGCACAGGUGGUAACUAGAAUGUUUAAAUGCUGCAUGAACAUGACACUUAGGAAAUUGUUGUAUAUUAUUGGAGAGAACUUGAGUUGUGGAUAGAAAUAUAUGUGACAUUUUAAGGAUGUUACUCUCUUGUCAGAGGACAGCAGGGUAAUAGGGCAUCUUUGUUUUUUUAUGCACCAACAGAGCUGUAUGUCUUCUUUCAGAAAGAUGACAGUAACAGUGUCUGGCAUUCUCACUGCUUUUUUUACUGCCAAUACAAAAUGGACCCAUUUUUCUUGGGUUAGAAGUUGAUAUUUUUACAGUGUAUUCGUAUUUAAAAAUUAUAAAUUAAGUAUGUCGUUUCAUAAUGGCAUGUGAGAUAACAGACAAAUUGCCAAAGGUAAACACAUGAAGUGCUUUUGAACGGGUUCUGCUGCUCACCUUACUUAUGCCGAGAUAUAUGAUAGAAGAUAAUCCAGAGGGGAAAAAAUGUAUAUUAUGUAUUAUUCUUAGAGCAAUUGAUCAUCACAGUAAUGGAAACCAGACAGGUAUUAUAUUGGUCACAGGUUUAUGAAUUUGUUAAGAGCCAGCUGAAGUACGCAUUUGGAAUAAGUUUUGUUUCAGUAUUGCUGUAAUGAUUAUAUAUAUUAUAUAAGUUUCCCACAAAGUGAUUUAUAUAUGCCUUAAUUGAAAACCAACCUUUAUUACUUUAUCACUAUGUCUGUCACAGGAAAGUGCAGAGAUAUGCCAGUAACUCAGUAAGCAUUUUUUUAUAAUUUUUUAUCCCAGCAAGAUCUGAAAGUUGUUGUGCAUGGCUGUAAAGUAAGAUCCUAUUAAGUGUCAGUUAUUUUGGAAAAAACAUUUGAGGUGCCUACUUUAGGGUAUACUUCACAUAAGACAUAAUCUCCAUAUACUUGAGACCAAAAUUGGCCAAAAUUUUUUAUCAUGUGGAUAGUACAUUGGUAGUUGUCUACUUAGAAGAUAAUAUUUUGGGCCGUUUUCUUCAAAGUAUGAUAUGUCUGAUGUGAUGGACUAACAGUUAACAACUAUUAUAGCAAACCACUCCACCUUUAUCCUGAAUAGUAAUUAAGAUGUUCUUAAUUGUGUGGCUGUGUCCUAUAGUCAAAUUGAGAACCUUGAAAAAUCUUACUUUUGUGCUCUUUUCAAGCUUGUUCAAAUUGUUUGUUGAUUUGUUUACCGUAUAUCAUGCUAAGUUUUCAUACACAUGAAAGAAGUUUAAAUUAAAGAUAAGAUAUAAUUAUUAUUAUUGUUAUUAUUCAGUGCUGAUUUAAUACUUUUAAUUGCUGGAUUAUAUAUCAGCAUUUCAAUAUUCAUUCCAUUUCAAAACGAUAUAAUUAUUCAACCUAAUAUAACAUUGUUCCAGCCGAUAUACUUUCAUAUCUGCCUCUGUUAUGCUAAUGACUUGCCUUUUAAAACCAAUUGUAAUACACUUUUCUCUUUAUAUGGCUAGAAGGUGAGGGUAAAUUGUCUGUCAUCUUAUAUUCCUGUCUUGAAGAGCGACAUUGCUCUGUUAAAUAUAAUCUAAAAGAUCAGAAAGGUUUAUUAAGUUAACACAUAAUUAGCACGCAUUUGUAUAAAGGGGUUUUAUUGAAAUGUAAAUGAUGCAUAUUAAAUUUAAUUUGCCUGUAAAA